AUGUCGUAUUUAAGAGUAGAUCCUCAAGAACAUAUUGGUGUAUUGCAUGUGCUCCUAUACAAUUCAGAAAGUGAUCAUCUGCGUAAAUUAUUUUUGGGAGGUUUAUCCCAAAAUUCCACAGAAGAUUCUUUGCGGGCCUUCUAUCAACAAUUUGGUGAAAUUCUUGAUGUAACCAUAAGGCGGGAUGCCACUGGACGUUCAAGGGGAUUUGGUUUUAUAACAUUUUUUGACGAAUCAUGUGUUGAUAAGGCACAGGCGGCUAGACCACAUGUGGUCGAUGGCAAAACCAUUGAUUCGAAGCGAGUCAUAGCAAAGCCUGAACCCAAGCUCAGAGGAUCUGGUAGAAAAGUCUUUGUUGGUGGCUUGAAAGAUGUACAUACUGAACAGGCGCUCAGAGAGCAUUUCCAACAAUUUGGCAAGAUAUUAGGUAUUAAGAUUUUAGUUGACAAAAACACUGGUCGUAACCGAGGAUUUGGUUAUAUUGAAUUUGAGGAUUAUGAUUCGGCAGAUAAGGCUGUAUUGCACAAAAACCAUACGAUUAAAUAUUUGACUGUAGAUGUGAAAAAAUCCAACUACAAACCUGAUCAAUCAAGAAAUCAACAACAAAAUGGAAUGCAACAAGUAGGUGGCGCACCACCGGCAUCGGCUUACCCACAGCCUGCUUAUCCAACUCCGUAUGGUUAUCCGCCAGCACCACCUGCAUAUGGUGCACCACCAGCAUGGGGUGCACCUCCACCACAAACUGCAGCACCAGCUGGAUAUCCUCCACAACCAGCACCCGGUGGUUAUCCACAGCAACCACCACCAGCGUAUGGUGCCCCACCAGCAUGGAAUGGUUGGGGUUAUGGUGCACCACCUGCUCCUGCACCAGCAGGUGUUGCUCCCCCACCUGCAAAUGGUUGGAGUAAUCCUGCCCCUCCACCAGCUAAUCAAAUUUUCGGAAACUAUCAACAAUCGUAUAAUGGUGGCCCUGAAAAAGGUGGUAAAUUGCAAUCGAAUCGUAAAGCACCAUAUCGGUCAUAA